UGGCAUCUCCAGAAACUGAAUGAUGGAGCUGUGCGGAUUAAACACUUAUAAUGCUUGUGCUGAAGAACAAAUGCCAUUUCGGGGGUGGAAAAGUCAAGUGGCAAGACCUAGAGGAAAGCCUGACCUGGCUUAUGUUUUCUCUCAGAUCUGUGUCAGAUAGCAGGGGAGCCGGAAAUCCCACUUACUCACAUGGGAUAGUUCCGGAGAAGCUGGAUGUUGUCAGACAGGAGCGGUUCAGACACUGGUGGGAAGAGGGCCUGGGACAGCUCCUGGAAGGAUGAAAAAAAGCACUGUCCCCGGGAUCUGUGACAGAGCGUGGCGGUGGCUGCCAGCCCUGUGCUCCUGCAUCGCCGUGAAGCUCCAGGAGGGAGGGCGGAGGGCUGUAAUCGAAGUACAAGAUGGCAAAAACCAGCCAUAGCAACUAUGUCCUUCAGCAGCUAAACAAGCAAAGAGAGUGGGGCUUUCUGUGCGACUGCUGCAUCGCUAUCGAUGAUAUUUAUUUUCAAGCACAUAAAGCAGUCCUUGCUGCCUGCAGCGCCUAUUUUAGGAUGUUUUUUAUGAACCAUCAAAACACUACAGCCCAGCUGAAUCUAAGCAACAUGAAGAUUAGCGCUGAAUGCUUUGAUCUUAUUUUACAGUUCAUGUAUUUAGGAAAAAUUAUGACAGCCCCUGCCAAUUUUGAGCAAUUUAAAGUGGCCAUGAACUAUUUACAGCUAUAUAAUGUACCUGAGUGUCUAGAAGAUAUACAGGAUACAGACUCAUCUAGUUUAAAAUGUUCAUCUCCUGCUUCUAGCACCCAGACUAGUAAAAUGAUAUUUGGUGUGAGAAUGUAUGAAGACGCACUUGCUAGAAGUGGCAGCGAAGCAAACAGGUGGGGCAUGGAGCCACCAAGUUCAACAGUAAAUACAUCCCAUAACAAAGAGCCUGAGGAAGAAACUUUGCAGCUCAACAGCUUCCCCGAGCAACUGUUUGAUGUCUGCAAGAAAAGCACCACGUCCAAAUUCUCUCACACAAAAGAGCGCGUGUCGCACUCACGCCGGUUUGGAAGGAGCUUCACCUGCGACAGCUGCGGGUUUAGUUUUAGCUGUGAAAAGCUACUGGAUGAGCACGUGUUAACAUGCACCAACAGGCAUUCCUACCAAAGUGCCAGGUACUACAGUGCUGAGAAAAUAGACUUUAGUGAAAAGAACUCUACUUCUAAAAUGAUUUCCACACAAACAGAGAAAUACAAGGGGGACUCGAACCACGCUGCGGACGAUUCAUCGUCUCCUGUGUCCAACGUCACGAGCAGAAAAAGCAGCACGGUUGCUUCUGAGACAUCAGGUGAAGAAGGAAGUAGAGCCUCUGAGAGGAAGAGGAUUAUCAUCAAGGUGGAGCCAGAGGACAAUCCUACAGAUGAGCUGAAGGAUUUUAAUAUUAUCAAGGUGGCAGAUAAAGACUGCAAUGAGUCUUCUGACAAUGACGACCUGGACGAUGAACAGGAAGAGCCGCUUUACAGAUACUACGUCGAGGAAGAGAUGAGAGAGAAGAGAAAUGCUCGGAAGACUCUAAAGCCUCGUUUAUCCAUGGAUGAGGAUGAAAGAAAGUGUUUGAAAAGUCCACGGCACCUUAACAGCAAGGCUCCUUCAGUGCAGGAAGAUGUGGAGAAUGCUCCCUGUGAACUUUGUGGGCUAACAAUCACUGAGGAAGAUUUGUCCUCUCAUUAUUUAUCCAAACACAUAGAAAAUAUAUGUGCUUGUGGCAAGUGUGGUCAAAUACUGGUCAAAGGCAAGCAGCUACAGGAUCAUGCACAGACCUGUGGAGAACCCCAGGAUCUGACCAUGAACGGGAUCAGAAAUUCUGAGGAGAAAAUGGACUUGGAAGAAAACCCCGAGGAGCAGUCAGAAAUAAGGGACAUGAUGUUUGCAGAGAUGCUAGAGGACUUCAGGGACAGUCACUUCCAAAUGAACAGCCUUCAAAAAAACCAGUUGUACAAGCAUUCUGCCUGCCCUUUCCGAUGCCCCAAUUGCGGCCAGCGUUUUGAUACUGAAAACCUAGUGGUUGAACAUAUGUCAAACUGCCUGGAGCCAGAUCUGUUCAAGAACUCCAUGCUGGAAGAGAACGAGAGGGAUCACAGACGUAAGCAUUUCUGCAACCUUUGCGGGAAAGGAUUUUAUCAGCGUUGCCACUUGCGGGAACACUAUACCGUUCAUACCAAGGAAAAACAGUUUGUUUGUCAGACAUGUGGGAAGCAGUUCUUAAGAGAGCGCCAGUUGCGGCUCCACAAUGAUAUGCACAAAGGCAUGGCCAGUAGUGAAAUAGGGACUUCUAAACUUCUGAACAACUGAGAGAACCAGAUUUGGAGAAGACAUGAGGAAGAACUGGUCGGCAAAAGAUUUCAUAAAAACUCAGAACCUCGUGUGCCAGAUCUGAAUUGGCACCACCUUUGCUUUUUUGACAUACUGCAGCAGUCGCAAAAGGCACCAAAGCAGUCAAAUUAGAACAUGCAGUAAAAGUUGUUUUGGACUCUUCUAUGUAUCAUAAAUCUUACUUCCUUGUGACUAUUACUUACAGCUGUAAAAAACAAAUUUGAAGUCUUUCAUGCAGCACACAGCCAAAAGAGGCAGAUGCCAGGUGUUAAGGGCUGCACUGAAAUGAAUUUGCAAAAUUUCUAUUCACAUGCUGGAGUGCUCUUUUUCUGAAAUGAGGCUUCUUAGAGUUGCUGUCAAAAACUGUGUAGAUUUUUUAGUUCAAACAUUACAAGUGUAUACUCAUGCACAAUGCUUAACUAUCAAGUGUUAAAAAAAGAAAAAAAAAAAAAGAGUAAGAGGUGAAAAAAACCCUUAAAACUGAGGACAGAGGGUCCCUGAGGAAGGACAGGAUGGUGAGAGUGAUCCAGCUGACUUGAUUCCCCCUGCUGCCAUGAUCAUCAUUUGCAAGCUGAAGAGGACCUUCCAUGGAGCACAGUGCUUGCAUGAGGAGAGUAAAGAAAUGGUGCUCUGGUCUUUUAAAAAGAAUGGUGAAAAUUUUUUACCAACAAGGAGAUGAGUAAAUGUGAAAUAAUCUUCACUAGGCACAGGGUGCACCUUGUUCUGGAGCUAAGCCUUGCAAAAGCUGGCUCGAAGAAUCAGGAUUUCAUGUUCAGAUUUGAACAUUUUAGAAGUGCUAAUGCUUCCAGCUAAAUUAAGGGGGGAGGAAAAAACCCUAACCAAAAAAGCAAUGAGGCAGUAAAUGUUCCAAAUUAGGGAAAGCAUGAAUUAUAAAAAUAUUAAUUUCUUUUGCUUCUCUUAGACAACAGUGGAUCAAAUUAAGACAUGUAAGCAGACUAAACAUGCUGAUUAUAUUCUGCUGUAGUUACGUAUCUUACUAAUUCUACUCAUGAUUAUAAAAGGAUGUUUCAUUGUUCACUUAUAACUGUUAUCCCGAGAAGAGUCUGUCUAUAAUUUUAUUUAAAAUCGGCAUCAUUUUCAUUACUGUUGUUACAAAGUGUGUACAAUAUUGUCUGUAUUGCAGCUUGUAUAGGGCAUGUGUCUGUGCUUGCUUUACUCUUUUUAAGUUUAUAAAGUUACUAUACAAAUGCAAGAAAAGAUGUUCACAUAUCUUUGAAUGUGGUUGCUUAAUCUAAUUACCUAGCCCCCCAAUGUUUCAGCAUAUAGAUGUUGAAGGUAGCAGCUCUAUUAACACAUAACACCUUAAACAUUAAUGUAGGCAUUUUAAAAGCCUCCGGUGCAGCACUGGAAUGCUGACACUUCAGUCCCAGUUGCUGUAUAGAGCAAAGGGGAGGAUGGUGAAUAUCUGGGCAAAGCCAGAUACCACUGGGGACUCUGCAGGGAGAAGAUAUCUAAGAGAAAAUGGGAUGUCCUUUCUAUAGCAAACAUGAAGGACCUUAAGAGUAGGACCACCACAAAGCAGAGGAGAGAAGGGAAUACAUUUAUAGCAUCGCCUUCAACAGUAUGCAAAGUGUAGGACAUCUAGAACAGGCUGUGACUGUUCUGUAACUUAGCAAUUACUUCUAGUCUAUGUAGAGUAUCAGUAAAGACAUUCCAGGUUAGUUAUCAUCAUCUUUAAAGCUUAUUCUGUGCUUUGCAACAGUAUCUUUAAUAAAAUACUCUUACAAAUCUG